GGUCCGGCCCCGAGCCGGAUCCCGGCGCGGGCCGCCCUUCCGCCGGCGCCGGGGAGAAGGCGCUGCCGACCCAUGCUGCUCCGCGCCCGGCCCGCCGCCGCCGAACGGUGAGAGCCGCGCUGCGGGCAGGGCACGGCAGGGGUCCGGAGCGGAGCGGGCGGCAACCCCACCCCGGGCGCCCCCGGCGCCCCCGGCGCCCCCCGGCCUCUCCGGCCUCUCCGGCCUCUCUGCUCCAUUGCCUCACGGCCACGGCCCUGCGCCGGCCCCCGCGCCCGGCCGGUCAGCGAGAGGCUUCCAGCGCCCUCCGGCCCCGAACCCCGGCUGCGAACGGCGCGGUCCUUGGGAGAAGUGUCCCCCCGGGGCGCUGCGAAUUGUAAUUCUUGCAAGACUUGUGAUGUGAGGUAGGACAACUAGGAUUUUGAAGAGGUCUGUCAUAAGUACAGCAUAUCUCCAAACAUCAGUGGAUUUACCAAAGACUCUUCUCAAAGCCUGCUUGAAUCAGAACCUGUAAACUUUCCAGAAGUUUCACGAUGGAGUUCAUAUUGUUCAAAGGAGAUCAUACCAGAUAUUUGAGAUUUUUACUGUUAGUUUUAGUAUGUGCAAUAGUUCUUGUGUGCACUGAUCAGGACUACUAUAGUUUACUUGGAGUAUCCAAAGAAGCAAGCAGUAGAGAAAUAAGACAAGCAUUCAAAAAACUGGCAUUAAAGUUACACCCUGAUAAAAAUCAGAACGAUCCAAACGCACAUGAAAAUUUUUUGAAAAUAAAUAGAGCCUAUGAAGUACUUAAAGAUGAAGAUCUACGGAAGAAGUAUGAUAAAUAUGGAGAGAAAGGCCUUGAAGACCAGCAGCAAGGAGGUCGUUAUGAAAGCUGGCACUUUUAUCGCUAUGAUUUUGGUAUUUAUGAUGAUGAUCCUGAAAUUAUAACAUUGGAUCGAGGAGAAUUCGAUGCUGCUGUUAACUCUGGAGAGUUGUGGUUUGUGAAUUUUUAUUCUCCUCGGUGUUCCCACUGCCAUGAGUUAGCACCUACGUGGAGGGAGUUUGCUAAAGAGAUGGAUGGAGUAAUACGCAUUGGAGCUGUCAACUGUGGAGAUAAUAGAAUGCUUUGUCGAAUUAAAGGGAUUAACAGUUAUCCAAGUCUGUAUGUUUUCAAAACUGGAAUGCAACCUGUGAAAUACUAUGGAGACAGGUCAAAAGAAAGCUUAAAGAACUUUGCUAUGCAGUAUGUUACAAGCACAGUCACGGAGUUAUGGGCAGGAAACUUUGUUAAUGCCAUUGAAACUUCAUUUGCUUCUGGCCUUGGUUGGUUGAUCACCUUCUGUGCUGAACGUGGGGAUUGCUUGAGUUACCAAACACGUCUUAAGCUUGCUGGCAUGUUGGAAGGCCUUGUUAAUGUAGGCUGGAUGGACUGUGGCACUCAGGGUGAGCUUUGUGAUAAUUUAGAUAUCUCAUCUAGUACUACAGCAUACUUUCCACCUGGAGCCACCAUAAAUAACAAAGAGAAAGGAGGUGUUUUGUUUCUUAACUCCUUGGAUGCCAGAGAAAUAUAUCAGGAAGUAAUGAAGCAUCUGCCUGACUUUGAAAUUAUUUCUGCAGCAUCAUUAGAGGACCGUCUAGCUCAUCACAGAUGGCUAAUUUUCUUCCAGUUUGGGGAAAAUGACAAAUCAAGUGUACAGGAAUUUAAGAAACUUAAAUCUUUACUAAAAGAUGAACAUAUUCAGGUUGGCAAGUUUGACUGUCUUUCCUCACCAACCAUCUGCAAGAAGCUAUAUGUCUAUCAGCCAUGUCUAGCAGUCUUCAAAGGAAAAGGAAUUGAAGAUUAUGAAAUUCAUCAUGGAAAGAAGAUCUUAUAUGACAUCGUUGCAUUUGCCAAAGAAAGUGUCAACUCUCAUGUUAUCACACUGGGACCUCAGAAUUUUCCUGGCAAAGAGAAGGAACCAUGGCUUGUGGAUUUCUUUGCACCAUGGUGUCCUCCUUGUCGAGCUUUGUUACCAGAGCUGAGAAAAGCAUCAAAACAUCUUUAUGGUCAGCUUAAAUUUGGAACGCUAGACUGUACUGUCCAUGAAGGGCUUUGCAACAUGCAUAAUAUUCGAGCUUAUCCAACAACAGUUUUGUUCAAUCAGUCCGAUGUUCAUGAAUAUGAAGGACAUCACUCUGCUGAGCAGAUCUUGGAGUUUAUAGAGGAUCUUAGGAAUCCAUCAGUGAUCUCCCUAACACCAGAGACUUUUGUUGAAUUAGUUGAGAGAAGAAAACGAGAGGAAGUCUGGAUGGUUGAUUUCUAUGCUCCAUGGUGUGGACCCUGUCAAGCUUUAAUGCCAGAAUGGAAAAAAAUGGCCAGGAUGUUAAAUGGAUUAAUCAGUGUAGGCAGCGUGGACUGUCAAAAAUACUAUUCUUUCUGUCACCGAGAAAGCGUCCAGGGAUAUCCUGAAAUAAGACUCUUUCCUCAAAAAUCAAAGACAGCUCAUCAAUAUUAUAGCUACAAUGGAUGGCACAGAGAUUCGUAUUCACUGAGAGGCUGGGCAUUAGGGUAUUUACCACAAGUGUCUGUAGACCUGACUCCUCAGAGUUUCACAGAAAAGGUUCUGAAUGGGAAAGAUCACUGGGUCAUUGAUUUUUAUGCUCCUUGGUGCGGACCUUGCCAAAAUUUUGCUCCUGAAUUUGAGAUCCUUGCAAGGGCUGUUAAAGGAAAAGUAAAAGCUGGAAAAGUAGACUGUCAAGCAUAUGGUCAGACCUGUCAAAGUGCUGAUAUCAGAGCCUACCCUACUGUUAAGUUUUACCCCUACCAAGGAAUGAAGAAAAGUGUUCUUGGGGAAUAUAUAGACAGCAGAGAUGCAAAAGGUAUUGCUGACAUUUUGAAUGAAAAAGUAGAAGCAAUUGAAAAUAAAGGAAAAAGAAAAAAAUCUAGAAAUAAGGAUGAACUCUAAAUGGUACUGGAGGCGGUGGAUAACAUGAAAAAUACACUGAAGCUGUGAAUAUAGAAGACACCAUAAGGAAAACAUAAAGCCAGUUACAUUCAUGACAAGACAAAUGAAAAUAGUUUGAGUUCAUGGACACAUGUGACUGCGUAUAUGAAUUCUGUUAAACUGUGGGGAGAUGAAAGCAUUUUUGUUUUGGUGGAGGCAUUCAAUGUUUCUGCAAAUGAACUGCGCGUGUCCCUCUUCUGAUACGCCAACUACCUUCUUCCUAGUCCAACAGUGGAGUUAACCAGAAACAUGGACUGUAUCACUUCUGUCUACCCAUUUUCUAUUUCCUUACAUUUUUCUUGUCUGUUUCCAAACACUUUUGAAUGUGGCACUCAGCCUGUGGCUGAAUAUGCACUCAAACCACUCUGCAAUGCAGAAACACAAUGAGGGAUUGUCUAGUUGAAAGACAGUUAAUCUGCUUUGGGUUUGUAUUAUUGUUUAGUCAGUUGCUAAGAGAUUAAAAUCAGGAAUUGGUAGCAGGACAGGUUUAUUGAAUUCCAGUGUUCCUGCCCUUCAGCACAUUACUGUGGCACUGGUGGUGGUAGCAGGAUUAAGACUGAAGAGCUUCUCUGGUUGUUUGGUUUUGAGGUUUUUGUUUGUUUUUUUAAUCAAAAAAUAAAUUAAGGACUUUGAACUUUGUGUUUCACUGACUUUUAAGAUUUGAAUUAUGCCAUAGAAGCAUCUGUUUAUGAGCUAAUACCUUAAUGUUAUUAUUGUCUUUUUAAAUAUGAAUAUAUUCUGUGGACAUGUUUAACCUCUCUUGGUAUUGCCACUUUUCCUUCCUCUGAAGACGUGUGAGUUUUGUUUCAAAUAGUCAUUUGCAAAUAGGAUAGCAAGUGCCUUUUUAAUUUAAUAAUGAACACUGUACAUUGCAACAUCUACUCAUGCAUCUUAAUGUAAAUCCUGCUUUUACAGUACUAUUUUUCAUAGCUUCUCCCUAGACAAAAAAUACUGAAGACAAACUACUACAUUUAGGAGUUUGUUGAAAUAUUUCAUUUUUUUCAAUAAAAUGCUGCUGAGUGUGUC